CUUGGUUGUAUAGUAUAGGCGUCUCUCUCUCCUGCUCUCGUUUCUUUCUUCAAUCCAUCAUCAUCUCUCUAGUCUCUAUUUUUAUUUUAUUGAAUUUAGAAUUCCAAAACAGGAAAAUCGGCGGCGGCGGCGGCGGCGGCUGCAAGCAUGGCAAGAGCCGGAGAAGAAGGGUAGUGUUAUAUAGAGCUCGAGAUUCGAGAACCUUUUCGCCUCUUGUUGUUAAUGGUGCCGCCUCGUGUCCGCUGCUCCACUACCUACACGGCGAUGAUGAAGAUCAUCGCCAUCAUCACCACCGUCGGUCACCAGCUGUCUCAGUCGAUAGCUGUCACGGAUCCCGAGGAGCAGCGAUCCAACUGCAAGAGAGGCCUCGACAUCGAUCUCAAUCUCAGGCUGGGCCCUUGGCCGGACGACGAGAUCGGAUCUGUGGAUGGGGGCGGAGGAGGUGCCACCGGUUGCAGCGGGAUCGUGGACGUGUCCGAUGCGCCGGCAGAGUCCAGCGUCAUGUCGAGUUCUGAGAAGAAGCCUCCGUCAGUUGUGGGCUCUAUCUCCGGCGAAGGUCUGACUGCGGAUAAGAGUUCACAAGGGGAAUGCAAUCCGGAAGGCAGAACAAAGAUGAAGAAAGCUGAAGAAGUUGGGAGGGAGUACUCGGAAAUCACGAAUAUUCAGGCGGAGGAAGGAGGAAAGAGGAGGAGAAGUGAGGGGUAUCUGGACGUGCUCGUGGAGGCAGUCAGGCAGGUAUCCGGCUUUUUCAGUGACGAAGAAGAAGAAGAAGAAGAAGAAGAGAAAGAGGACGAAACUCGGGCUGAGGAGGCGGCGGCGGCGGAGAGUAGGAAGAAGAGAGGCUUGGAUUUGGAGGAGGAGUGUGGGCCAGUGGUGCGAUCGAAACGAGGGAGGAACCAAGCGCUGCCGUCGAGGUACCGUGACUCUGUCCUUGAGCCGUGGGGGAAGUUACCCACCGUCACCCGCUGCUCAAAAAGCGGCCAGACGGUGAUGGCGCAUUGAUCCAUGCUUCUUAUUUCCGAUUGCCCGUGAUAUUUAUAGCUUCGGUUUGAUU